AAACUGUUGACGUUUUCUAUAUCCGAUCCUUUCAGCAACUCCCACCACCCUGAUCAAUGUAUCUCCACUGGAGUUUCUUGACCUUGACAUGACCCAAAAAGUGCUACAAACUAUUACCAUACCUGCGUUAGAGCCCACGCAACAUCUGUUCCAAUCGUUCAAAAUCAUGCCCGUUGCGCAAAACUCGCGAGCCUAUGUGAACGCUGGCUUCCUGAUCAAGUUCCGAAAAGAGCACGUGCUUGUCCCGGAACGCGUCACAAUCUGCUUCGGCGGAAUCAAUCCCGUAUUCGUCCAUGCGACUGAAACCGAAAACUACCUCAUCGGCAGACCACUUUUCACCAACGAGACCAUCCAAAAUGCCCUGCAACUACUGUCAACAGAGCUCGAACCCAACCCAAGUCUUUCGGAAGCAUCCCCAAUCUACUGCAAACAGCUCGCAUUGUCUCUGUUCUACAAGUUUAUCCUCGCCACUGCUCCCCAGCACACCAUGAUCGUGAACCCGCGGUUCAAGUCCGGCGGACUGAUUCUGGAACGCGCGCUCUCUUCCGGCAAGCAGAGCUACGAUACUUACCCUAGCAAGUGGCCCCUCACCCAGAACGUGCCGAAGAUCGAGGCGCUCGCGCAGACGUCCGGCGAAGCGGAGUACAUCAACGAUAUGCCCGACAGGCCGAACGAGCUGCAUGCAGCGUUCGUGCUAGCAACGGAGGUUCAGUCGAGGAUCGCGAAGAUCGACGCUACGGAAGCGAUGAAGGUGAAGGGGGUUGUUGGGUUUUAUUCGGCGAAGAACAUCCCGGGGUGCAAUAACUUUAUGCCGGCGGAGCUCGGCUACCCAGAGGUGGAGGAGAUCUUCUGCAGUGGGGAGGUGGGAUAUCAUGGUCAACCGGUUGGGAUGGUGCUGGCGGAGUCGUUUGAGCUUGCCAAUCGGGCGGCAGCUUUGGUUGAUAUUUGUUACGAGAGAACUUCCAGGAGACCGGUUUACCCGACUGUUAUGGAUAUUCUGGAUGGGGGAGCGUACGAUCGCGUCGUUAAUCAAAACUUUGAUCGGCACGGAGCACUGUUCGCCGUUGCUCGCGAGGGUCCGAUUAAGGUCAAGGGACGGCACGAUCUGCACGGGCAGUACCACUACACCAUGGAGACGCAGACCUGCUUCUGUGAACCCAUUGAGGACGGCAUGAAUGUGUACUCCUCGACGCAGAGUCCUAACUUGAUUCACGUGGCCGUUUCGCAAGCGUUAGGCGUUUCAGCGAACAGUUUGAACGUGGUCGUCCGACGAGCGGGUGGUGCGUACGGUGCCAAGUUUUCACGGUCGGCGCAGAUAGCUUGUGCUUGUGCGGUGGCGGCACAACUGACGAAGCGGCCCGUUCGGAUGGUGUUGAGCAUGGAGACCAACAUGGCGGCGAUCGGCAAGCGACACGAUCUGCGCAACGAGUACGAGGUGGACGUGGAUGAAAAUGGAAAGAUCAACCGGCUGAGCAGUACCUACACACAUGGGAAUGGAGCGUCCCUCAACGAGCAGUUGGCCUUUUUGACGAGCGAUCUGUUCAAGAACUGCUACCAAACUGAUCGUUGGAACUUGGUGGGGAACAGCGCACGGACUCAUGUGCCGUCCAACACGUUUUGUCGGGCUCCGGGAACGCUGGACGGAAUCGCAAUGAUCGAGAACAUCAUGGAGCACAUCGCCCAGGCCGUGGGCCGUGAUCCGCUGGAAGUGCGACUGCUCAACAUCUCCAAGGAGAACAAAAUGUACACUCUUUUGCCGCAAUUCCGUAAAGAUGUGGACUUUGACGUUCGGCGCCAAGCCAUUGACGUGUUCAACCGUCAGAACCGGUGGCGCAAGCGAGGUAUCGCCAUCAUACCGAUGGAGUACCCACUCGAGUACUUUGGCACUACGAACGCACUGGUUUCAGUGUACUACUCUGACGGAACCGUAGCAAUCACCCACGGAGCCAUCGAGAUGGGUCAGGGAGUCAACACCAAGGUCGCCCAAGUAGCAUCCCACGUCCUCGGAAUCUCUCUGGAUAAGAUCUCCGUCAAGCCCACCGCGACUCUAACCUCCCCCAACGUGCGACCCUCCGUGCACAGCCAGGCCAGCGAGACAGCCGCCUUCGCCGUACAGAAAUGCUGCGAAAUCCUGCGGGAACGAUUCCGCCCGCUUCGCGAACAAUACCCGUCCGCGACCUGGGAACAGCUGGUGGCGCAAGCAUACGCCGCCAACCUGGACCUGACCGCGACCCACCACUACCAACCGCGCCAACUCCAGGCCUAUGUCGUCUGGGGUGCAGCCUGUGCUGAGCUCGAGGUAGACAUCCUAACGGGGAACGUGCAAGUCUCCCGCGUGGACAUUCUCGAAGACGUCGGCGAAAGCAUGAGUCCCGGCAUCGACAUUGGCCAGGUCGAGGGUUCCUUCAUCAUGGGACUCGGUCACUACCUGACGGAAGCGCUCAUCUACAACCCCACGAACGGGGCGCUGGUCAACAAUCGCAGCUGGAACUACAAGGUGCCCGGGGCGAAGGACAUUCCGGUGGACUUUCGGGUGCGGUUCCUCAAGGGAAGCUCCAACCCGAGCGGGGUGCUGCGUGCCAAGACGGCGGGAGAACCGGCCGUCAGUAUGAGUCCGGUGUUGACGUAUGCGCUGCGGUACGCGUUGAGAUCGGCCCGGAAGGACGCGGGACUGCCGGACGAGUGGAUUCCGUUGGGGACGGCCAACACACCGGAGAAAAUAUUCUUGCUUGCUGGGAACCGGACGGAUCAGUACAAGCUGCACUAAAAGAUCAACCUAAAGUUUUUCCUUCCUCACCUCAAUGAGGAAAGGUAUAGCCAAAUCACUCGAAAAAUGAACUUCUUUAUUCAACAUCGUAGACCCACCUUCAUGUAUACCUAUCGACUUAGAAUCAAAUUCUGAACAAAUGUCUGUGCGUGUGUAUGU